ACCUGCGUCAGCUCGGAGUCCUGUGGGAAGGGAAGGGCUUUAUCGCAGCCUUUCGCUUUGAUUUUUGCACAUUCGCUUUUUAUUUGCCGGCGGUACUUCCAAAGGGCCCUCAGAGUGGGCUCUGGAUGCAGGGCCCGGGACACAUCUGGACACUCCUGGGGGCCACAGAGAGCACCGGAGAGAGGCCAGGAGCUGUCCAGGAAGGAGCUUAAUUCCGUCGCUUCCGAGCUGUCUGCACGGCAGGAGGAGAGUGAACAUUCUCAUAAACAUUUAAUUGAACUCCGCCGGGAAUUUAAGAAAAAUGUACCUGAGGAAAUCAGAGAGAUGGUGGCUCCUGUAUUAAAAAGCUUCCAAGCUGAGGUGGUGGCCCUUAGUAAGAGAAGUCAGGAGGCGGAGGCCGCUUUUCUGAGUGUUUACAAGCAGUUAAUUGAAGCACCAGACCCUGUGCCUGUGUUUGAGGUGGCACGCAGCCUAGACGACAGACUGCAGCCCCCCAGCUUCGACCCCAGUGGGCAGCCCCGGCGAGACCUCCACGCUUCGUGGAAGAGGCACCCUGAGCUCCUCAGCCCCAAAGAGCAGAAAGGGGGGACGUCUCCGGCCGGGCCCACGCUGACCGAGGGAAGGCGCCUCCCAGGCAUUCCCGGCAAAGCCCUCCUGACAGAAACCUUGCUGCAGAGAAAUGAGGCAGAAAAACAAAAGGGCCUUCAAGAAGUACAAAUCACUUUGGCGGCCAGACUGGGGGAGGCAGAGGAGAAAAUCAAAGUCUUACAUUCAGCGUUAAAGGCCACGCAGACAGAGCUGCUAGAGCUGCGACGGAAAUACGAUGAGGAGGCGGCAUCCAAGGCAGAUGAAGUCGGGCUGAUCGUGACCAACCUGGAGAAAGCUAAUCAGCGGGCUGAGGCUGCACAGCGGGAAGUGGAAAGCCUUCGGGAACAACUCGCCUCUGUCAACAGUUCCAUCCGCCUGGCCUGCUGCUCUCCCCAGGGACCCCCAGGGGAUAAGGUGAACUUCACGCUUUGCUCGGGCCCUCGGCUGGAGGCUGCGCUGGCCUCCAAGGAUCGGGAGAUCCUGCGGCUGCUGAAGGACGUGCAGCACCUCCAGAACUCUCUGCAGGAGCUGGAGGAGACCUCUGCCAACCAGAUCGCGGACCUGGAGCGGCAGCUCACGGCCAAGUCCGAGGCCAUAGAGAAACUGGAAGAGAAGCUCCAGGCGCAGUCUGACUAUGAAGAAAUUAAAACGGAGCUGAGCAUCCUGAAAGCCAUGAAGCUGGCCUCCAGCACCUGCAGCCUCCCGCAGGGCCUGGCCAAGCCCGACGACUCGCUGCUCAUCGCCAAGGAGGCCUUCUUCCCCACACAGAAGUUCCUUUUGGAAAAGCCCGGUCUUUUGGCCAGCCCUGAGGAGGAGCCUUCAGAGGAUGAUUCCAUCAAGGACUCGCUGGGAACGGAGCAGUCCUACCCCUCCCCUCAGCAGCUCCCACCUCCACCGGGGCCUGAAGACCCCCUGUCCCCCAGUCCUGGGCAGCCCCUGCUGGGCCCUGGCCUGGGGCCCGACGGCCCUCGGACUUUCUCGCUGUCCCCUUUCCCCAGCCUGGCCUCUGGGGAGAGACUGGCUGGGGACCCGCUGCUGUCCAAGCACAUGAUGCCCCCAGCCGCCUUCAAGGGCGAAGCAGGCAGCCUGCUGGUGUUCCCUCCAACCUUCUAUGGCGCCAAGCCCCCUACAGCCCCUGCCACCCCAGCCCCUGGCCCUGAGCCGCCCGGAGGUCCUGAGCCAGCAGAUGGCGGCGGGGGCGGCACGGUGGGAACAGGAGCUGGGGCAGAGGAGGAGCAGCUGGACACGGCGGAGAUCGCCUUCCAGGUGAAGGAGCAGCUGCUCAAACACAACAUCGGGCAGCGGGUGUUCGGCCACUACGUGCUGGGGCUGUCUCAGGGCUCGGUCAGUGAGAUCCUGGCCCGGCCCAAGCCCUGGCGCAAGCUCACGGUGAAGGGCAAGGAGCCCUUCAUCAAGAUGAAGCAGUUCCUAUCAGAUGAGCAGAACGUGCUGGCUCUGAGGACCAUCCAAGUGCGGCAGCGAGGCAGUAUCACUCCGAGAAUCCGCACGCCUGAGACGGGCUCAGAUGACGCCAUCAAGAGCAUCCUAGAGCAGGCCAAGAAGGAGAUCGAGUCGCAGAAGGGGGACACCUUUUGCCUGCUCAUGACUCAACUCAGAAGUCACCUCCUCCAGCCCACCGUGCCGCCCCUGACCCCCGAGCAGUACGAGCUGUACAUGUACCGCGAGGUGGACACGCUCGAGCUGACGCGCCAGGUCAAGGAGAAGCUCGCCAAGAACGGGAUAUGCCAGAGGAUCUUCGGGGAGAAGGUGCUGGGCCUGUCACAGGGCAGUGUGAGCGACAUGCUGUCCCGGCCAAAGCCCUGGAGCAAGCUGACACAGAAGGGGCGGGAGCCCUUCAUCCGCAUGCAGCUGUGGCUCUCGGACCAGCUCGGCCAGGCUGUGGGCCAGCAGCCCAGCGCCUCCCAGGUCCUGGCCACCAUUACUGCUUCCCUGGAAGCCUGUAGGGUGCUGGGCCUGUCACAGGGCAGUGUGAGCGACAUGCUGUCCCGGCCAAAGCCCUGGAGCAAGCUGACACAGAAGGGGCGGGAGCCCUUCAUCCGCAUGCAGCUGUGGCUCUCGGACCAGCUCGGCCAGGCUGUGGGCCAGCAGCCCAGCGCCUCCCAGGCCAGUCCCACUGAGCCAAGGUCCUCACCAUCUCCACCCCCCAGCCCCAUGGAGCCUGAGAAGAGCUCCCAGGAGCCCCUGAGCCUGUCCCUGGAAAGCAGCAAGGAAAACCAGCAGCCAGAGGGCCGUUCAGGCUCCUCACUGGGCGGGAAGAUGUACUCAAGCAGCCAGGCCACAGGAGGCAUCCAGGAGAUUGUGGCCAUGUCCCCCGAGCUGGACACAUACUCCAUCACGAAGAGGGUCAAGGAGGUCCUCACAGACAAUAACCUAGGGCAGCGGCUAUUUGGGGAGAGCAUCCUGGGCCUGACACAGGGCUCCGUGUCUGACCUGCUGUCUCGGCCCAAACCCUGGCACAAGCUGAGCCUGAAGGGGCGGGAGCCUUUUGUCCGCAUGCAGCUGUGGCUCAAUGACCCCAAUAACGUGGAGAAGCUGAGGGACAUGAAGAAGCUGGAAAAGAAAGCCUACCUGAAACGCAGGUACGGCCUCAUCAGCACCGGUUCGGAUAGCGAGUCCCCGGCCACCCGCUCCGAGUGCCCCAGCCCCUGCCUGCAGCCCCAGGACCUAAGCCUUCUGCAAAUCAAGAAGCCCCGGGUGGUGCUGGCACCCGAGGAGAAGGAGGCACUGAGGAAAGCCUACCAGCUGGAGCCCUACCCCUCCCAGCAGACCAUCGAGCUUCUCUCCUUCCAGCUCAACCUCAAGACCAACACUGUCAUCAACUGGUUCCACAACUACAGGUCCCGGAUGCGCCGGGAGAUGUUGGUGGAAGGGACCCAGGAUGAGCCAGACCUCGACACAGGUGGGGGUCCUGGUGUCCUACCGCCAGGCCACUCCCACCUGGACCCCACCCCGCAGAACCCUGACUCUGAGGCUGAGGACCAGAAGCCUCCCGUGAAGGAACUGAAGCUUCAGGAGGGCUCUGAAGAGAGCAACGCACCCCUGACUGCCCAGGACAAGGCCCAAGUGAGGAUUAAGCAGGAACAGGCUGAGGAGGACACUGAGGAAGAGGUGGGCAGCCAGACCCAGGACUUAGGGGAGCUGGACAAAGACCAUAGUCCCCCCAAAGAGGAGCAUCCUGACCUUCCGGGUAAUGACAGACUCCCAAAAGUGGCCCCAGAGCCCCUCCUUACAGGUGGGACCACUCCAGACUGCCCCUUGUUACAUCCCCCCCAGGAGAGUGAGGCCAGGGAGCGGCUUCACCUGGACCCUCUAAGUUUUAAGUCUGCCUCGGAGUCCUCACGCUGCAGCCUAGAGGUGUCGCUGAACUCACCCUCUGCUGCCUCCUCACCAGGCCUCAUGAUGUCUGUGUCGCCCAUCCCUUCCUCCUCAGCUCCCAUCUCCCCAUCCCCACCUGGCGCCCCCCCUGCCAAAGUGCCGAGUGCCAGCCCCACUGCUGACAUGGCUGGGGCCUUGCACCCCAGCACCAAGGUGAACCCCAACUUGCAACGGCGGCACGAGAAGAUGGCCAACCUGAAUAGCAUCAUCUACCGACUAGAGAGGGCUGCCAAUAGGGAGGAGGCCCUUGAGUGGGAGUUCUGAAGGUGGGGGGGGGGCAAGGGGACAAGUGACAUCCCUGGUGGCCACUUUCCUUCUCUCUCUCACUCUCUUGGAUGGGGUGGUAGGAAGGGAAGAACUCAACCAUCAAAAUGUGGACAGCAAUGUUAUGCCAUUUACAUGUUUUGUUGUAAUCCUAGUUGUGUGAAAUUGUGAGUGAGCAGGUGGGGCAAGUGCCAUUGCCUCCUCUUUUUGGCACCCGUUGCCCCAGGAAUCCUGCUCCUCUUGUCCACCCUGACCCCUCUGCAGGAGGCAGAAGCAAAAUGCGCCACAUUUUCACCUGAAAACUCCAAACUCUUUUAGAAAAAUAAAUAAAUAUUUAUAGAACUCUUUUAGAUAUUUUAAUAAAGGAUCCUUCGGAAUUUAUUCCCAGCUGAUGCUGUUUUGAUAUUACAGAGAGUUAUAAAAUCAGGAUGCUGUCACAACUGUUGCGAAGUAUACACUGAAGUUGUGUCAUUUUUGCCACUAGAUGAGAUUAAAAGAAGACAAUUGUUCAAAGCCAUCUCAAAACAUUAUAAGACUGACCAAAAUUUAGAUAACCUCUGAACUGCGGUUUUUUUCCCACGUCUGUCUGUGAGACACAGUGCAUUGCUACUGCCCUUCCAGAACCAUACUGAAAAGAGAAAGUCCAAAAGACUCUAAACAAAAACCUCGAUGCCGUUGAGGAUGUGUUUCAUUCUGGUGGUCUGUUUGCAACCUUGAUAACACAGAAUGUCCUGUGCCGUUGUAAGUGUUGUAGAGAUGUGGGCUGUGACCUGACUGUCCCCUACGAGGUGUAGCAUGGUACAAGACAGGAUGCUGACACUCCCUCUAGUGGGCCACGGAGGUCAGACAUCCAUCUUGUCCGUCUGCAGACAAGGUGUAUUUCCAGAUCCUCUGGAAAGCCAGGCAUGAAGACAGGUGCUGGGGGCGGCACUUGAGCCAGAGUGACCCCAUUCCCCAACCUGAAUCAUGGCCACAACCAAGGAAGCUUCCCCACUAGUAUGAGAGGAGGCAUCGCAGAGCAAGACUGUGGCCGCUAUCUUCCCCUCCUUGUGUCUUCAGAAGGUGACAGUGUUGGUCAUCCCACAAGUACUGAAGCUUAGCAACCAGCGCCAAAAAGUAGAUGCAUCAAACUAGGACCCCAACUCCCCUUCUUGCCAUCUCCUCUCUCAAGUUGACCCUGGUGCUGUUUCCGGAAGGCAUCUGCAGCUCCAAGUCCCUGCAGAACUCCGGAAGGCCAAGUUCGUUGCAGGAUGUCUACUGUUUCCCAAUCUCCAAGGUCACCCUCCUCUACCUUCCAAUGCAUGACCUGUUGGGGAGCAAAGACUCAACCCCCCAAUGCAGAGGAACCUUUUCUCCAGCAUCUUCAUCACAGUUUCUAAGGAGUUUCCAAUUUGGAUGGAAUGGUCACCAUAUUAGUUGUUGAAUCUCUCUUGUUUUUAUUUCUUUUGCUUUUUCAGACUCUGUGGGAAGGCUGAAUUGGGGGCCACCCAGAAUGACAAUAAAAAAAUGACCAUAAUCGGUACCAAUCCAAUUUCAGGGGGAGAGAUGGCCGAUGGAGAUUUCAAGGAUGUGGCGAGUAUUUUGAAACUGCAUGGGCAAAACCCAGUGACCAGGAGGGGACAAAUAAGGACUGUUCCAGAAAUCCCAGCUCUCAAGCACCCAGCCCAGACUGCAGUCUCCACACCCAACAGUCAACAACAACACAAACCCUGAAGGAAAACCUCCUUUUCCAUAUACCCAGGCUAUGCAUUGAAGAGUUUUCCACUGUAUACAUUUUUAUCCAGAUGAUGGUAUUUUUAUAUUUUGACAAUAGGAAACAGUGACCAAUUUUCAGAGUAAUCAAAUCUGGAACAAACGAAACAUCUCCUUUUAGCCACCACCGCCCUGUUGCAAUUAAGACAACCGUAGGGGACACACCACUUUUUACUGUUGAAACAACACAGCAUUGAAAUUCAGGCUUACAUGCAGACUCCAAUUCUUAGAGAACUAAAUUAGGCUUUAGUGUGACGGGAUUUGAUUAAGCACUUAGUAUAGUCUUUUGAACACAGAAAUCCUGUUGUACUUAAAGCUAGUGGACCCAUGAACAACUCUGUCAGGGUCACGUCCUAUAACGGUAAAAAAAGAAAAAGAAAAAAAACUACACAAAACCGUUUCUAUGCGAGAUUGAUGAACUUUGUUUAAAAUUUUAAAAAAGGAACACGUUCUGUAAACAAGUCGCUAAAUACAGAAUUGUAUAAUAAU